AAGUUGACUCGAUCGAAUCACCCAUCACUUUCAAAGAUCCCUCUUUUACACUCACAUCAGAACUCAGAAGAAAUCAGUCAACAAAAUCUCUCAAAAGAGACAAUGGGUGCAUUUCUGAAGCUAAUCGACGUAAUCCUGUUCAUCGUCUUCCUCGUAAUCGCAAUUGGAGCUCCAUUUCUCGAUGCUCAAACCUGUCUUCCUUCUACUCUCUUCCCCGACAUCCUCAUAAAUCUCAAUACAUGGUACACCCACCAAUUUGGAGAUUACUUGGUCUCUGAAAAACCCCAUUUCUUCGUUGGCCUUAUUUGGCUCGAACUUCUCUUCGCGUGGCCCCUAGCACUUGCUUGUCUGUAUGGGAUCGUUGCUGGGAAAUCUUGGUUGCGCAUCACCUGUCUGUUGUAUGGCGUCUCCACUUUGACUUCUAUGGUUGCAAUAUUAUCAGAACUUGUUGGAUCAGGGAAAGCAUCAGAAAAGCUAUUGAAAAUGUACUUCCCCUUCAUGGGAUUUGCUGUUUUAGCCAUCUUGCGAGGUUUUCUACCACAUUCUCCAAAGACAAAUGCAAUAAGCACAAAAUCCGCAUCAGCCAGAAAAAAGAGAGCUUGAAUUGUUUAGUAAAAUUUUGAGUUAAUCUUUAAAGUCAGUGCUUAUGAUGUUGUUGUAACAAGGGAUUAAAAUUAUUAUUUUCACAUUGUUUUUGAUGAAUUGUGGAGC